AUGCUCUUGAUUACUUCUGUCCUUGCCGUCCUCGGCGUCCCACUCGCCUCCCUCGCUCUUUGGUAUGCAAACAUGCUUGCCAUCGUGUUGAACCUAGAACCGCUCUUGUCCGCGCACGGGUUUGAUAGGAAAGCUGCUCGCCUUGCUUCCACUCUCGGCCACUUUCUCUACUGCGCUGCUCUGGUCCUCGCCACGACUCUUAUUGGUAUCCUGGCUCGCCUAGUGCUCUGGAUUCUAUCGAAAGGUUCCCGCUCUUCCAAUACCGAUCUUACUAUGGCCACAUAUCAGCGGACGUCUUUGGGGCUCGUGCUGCCCUCAAACUGCUUGGCGGUUGUCCUCUAUCGACCACCCUCGUCAGAACUAGUCCUCCGUUCCCGCCCUUUGGAUUCCACCUUCCCUACGGUCCUUUACUGGCGGUGCUCUUUGGAAAUGACUCUAGUAUCUCGUUGCUUAGUGGUCGUCCGCUACUGGUCACCCUUACUGGAACUAGGGUCUUACGAACGCGAAGUGUCCUGCUCGACCCUUGUUCUUUGGCGUGCCUCCCGCCGAACCAGCCUCUGCCCCCGUUUGGGUCCUUAUCAGACGACCGCCCUGGAGCUCGUACCAUUUCAACACUCCUGGGACGUUGCGCUUUGGCGAGAUCCUCCCCCGGCUCCCAUCGCGCCCGGCAAGACUAUCUACGCGUUCGAGGGUCCUGUAUACACCGAAUCGGUUGUCACCUUCCCCAUCCAACCCGCCAUUGAGCCAUAUUUCUGUAAGGCGUUGGUCCGUCAUGGCCCGCUCGACAUCUUCUCCUCUGCCUCCGCGAGAAUGAGUGCGCCUGAGCGAACGUGUCUCCUUGCACCCUGCCGUGCGAACCAGACGGACAACCCAGCUCCUUUCGAUAUCUACAAAGGAUCUGUGUUGGCACCCUAUCACUUGCGCAGGAGUCUCAUCCCCGUAGAUGACAUUGUGCCGUUCUUCAGGAACAAAUGGAUUUCAGGAGGAGCACAGAGCGAUGACGAGCUUUAUUCGUUCGAGAGCGAGGAAAGCGAGGAGGAAUCACUCCUGACACCGCACUCCUCGCCCCGGGGACCACGUCCAGACACAGGGUUCACCUGCUCCUCCCCCGCCGACAACGGUGCCGGGUGGUCCAUAGCAGAAAUCUUCGAACCUCUCUCCAUGGAGCUCGAUUUGGAUCUGUCCUUCCCUCCCUUCGACUUCAACCCACCUUGCGAUUUCAUCAGCCCUCACCAUCACGAUUCCGAGCCGAUAUCAGAGUUUGAGGAGGGGCAAUAUUUCGAUGCCCCGAACAUUGACAAUUCUGUAGACGAACUAUGCACCUUGUUUGAGAGCUUCAGUUUGAGGGCAUCGCCGCCAAUGUCCGCAACGCCAGUUCUGGACACAAUGUCUAGGCAAAGGUUGCACACUCCUAUCCUCACAAUCCCCAUACCUGCCCACCCGAAGCCUUCUGCAGACGAAGAGUGCCCACUCAUCGCUGUUGAUACUAGGCCGACUGUACUUGCUCACCCACCAACCUUGACCAAACCAAAGCUAAAAGAACGUCGCCGUCUCCCCAUCUCGAUAGAGGAUUUGUGCUCAGAAUUUGCAAAUAUGAGCGUCAAAGCAAAGGCAUCAACUAGCCUCGAGCUGCUUGUGGCCGCAUUUUCUCAAUGGAACUUACAUUCGCCAAAUCCAACCUCGCCGAACCACGCCACGCCUAACCACUCUACUCCUCCCCAAGCUGGCCUUGGGAUAUUUUCCCGCAUCUAA